UCAGAACGCGGAAGUGAAGCGCUGCUGUUUAUGUUUUGGUCCGGGGCGACGGUACACUUCAGUUGUUUGACAUCAUGGCGGUGAGUGCGGUUCACCUGGAGUCCGACGCCUUCCUGGUGUGCAUGAACCACGCGCUGAGCACGGAGAAGGAGGAGGUGAUGGGGCUGUGCAUCGGAGAGGCUGAGCCCGCCCGGAUCGUCCACAUCCACUCGGUCAUCAUCCUCCGCCGCUCGGACAAGAGGAAGGACCGGGUGGAGAUCUCCCCGGAGCAGCUGUCCGCGGCCUCCACCGAGGCGGAGCGGCUGGCAGACAUGACCGGCCGCCCGAUGCGCGUGGUGGGCUGGUACCACUCCCACCCGCACAUCACCGUGUGGCCCUCCCACGUCGAUGUCAGGACGCAGGCCAUGUACCAGAUGCUGGACCAGUGCUUCGUGGGCCUCAUCUUCUCCUGCUUCAUAGAGGACAAGAACACCAAGACGGGGCGCGUGCUCUACACCUGCUUCCAGUCCGUGCAGAAGGGCUCCGAGUACGAGCGGGUGGAGAUCCCCAUCCACGUGGUGCCCCGUGAAGCCAUCGGGAAGGUGUGCCUGGAGUCCGCCGUGGAGCUGCCGAGGAUCCUGUGCCAGGAGGAGCAGGACACCUACCGCAAGAUCCACAGCCUGGCGCACCUGGACCCCGUCACCAAGAUCCACAACGGCUCGGUGUUCACCAAGAACCUGUGCAGCCAGAUGUCUGCGGUGAGUGGCCCGCUGCUGCAGUGGCUGGAGGACCGGCUGGAGCAGAACAAGCAGAGCAUCGUGGAGCUGCAGCUGGAGAAGGAAAGGCUGCUGCGGGAGCUGGCUGCUCCCUGAGCCGGGGGGACAUGGAGGGUGGAGGGGGGGACACUUGUUGUCCUGCUGUUGUUGGACAGGGGAAACGGACCUUCUGGUUGGCUGGUUUUAGCUUCUUUACCAUGUACCAGGCAGGGCUUGGUAUCAAACCUCAAUAUUUAGUAUGAACCGAAGUGUCCAUAAUAUAAAGAAAAUGGUCUAAUGGCAAAAGUAUAAUCAGACUGUGUUUUGUUGAGACUAGAGCUGGUCUAACUUGUACUUUAAGUAAUGUAUAAACUGGGAUUUGGCCCAUCACAACCUCCGAGAGAAUGUCUUACGUCUAACCAUAAGUUUUAAGAUUUACAAUGAUAUGAAACAGAAAAGCUUUGAAUCGUCACAUUUGAGAAGCGGGAAAUCAGAGUAUUUUAGGGGAUCUGUUUCCUCGGAAGCGUAGUUUUGUUAAGAAAACCAUCUUAUAUUCCUUAGUUUGGUGGUUUUGGUUUCUCUAUACAACCUUUUUAAUCCUGCCAAAAGCAAGAUAUGGUUGUAGAGGAUGUGAGCGGUUGCUGUUUGCAUCUCCAAUGCUUCGGAUUACAUUUUGUUCACCCUGUUUGCUUUGUCCCCUCUCCUGUCUUCUCCUGAUGUAUUUGAAGGAGCGUCAUAGAGGUGUGAAUAUCAUGGUGUGUUUCUCUGCAUCUGUGAAAUGUAAAUAAAAAGACAGAGACUUCACUGUCACUUUUGUUUAGUUA